GUAAAGUCUCUGACCUGCUGAUCUUCUCUCCAUCUCUGCCUGUUAAUAAUCCGUUGUUAAAUCCAACGAUUUUCAGGGAGUCACACAAAAAGUGCACCAAUUGCAGAAUGCCUCAUUCGAAUGCAGCAGACUCGCUGUCGACAGCCCAUGCAGUCGCAGACCCGCUAGUUACAACCGCAUUGUCGGCAAACCUCAACGCCGUUUAGAAGAUAUGUGCAAGUUAUACAUGGCCAAUCCGUGCAAGGCUAUCGAAGAGACUCGUGCCAUCGAUGCCCCCUUUGAACUUUUAGCGUGCAAGCUCACAAGACAUUUCGCAAAGCUCCAACUGAUAAGUGCGCUGGUGGAUGAUGUGAUCGAAGAAAUUGAAGUUGACCCCACAGAUCGACUGUCGAUCCCCCCUCUGGCAGAAGUCGCAAGAAUUGUCAAGUCCACUCGGUAUCAUCUAAUCACAGAAAAAGAAGAAGAUUGCAACAUAAUGAACCAACUCUUUAAACUUGGUAAUAAUUAUAUGCUGCUGCGUCAUAAUUCGCACCUUCCGUGUUAA